UUUUAACUUGUUUUUCUUGAGAUAUAUUGCAAGUUAGAGCAGUAAUGCCAGGUACAGCGGCUCUUAAUCUGCCAGAUAUUAAUGGGCGACUGCAUCAGCAAAACCAUGUCCCAAUCUAUAAAAGCAACAGAAAACGAAGAAACGUUUAUCACAAGUUUAACCAGGAGGUGGCAGUUCGACAGAUUGAAAAUUAUGACAAAUUCCUAAAUGUUCGUCACAAUCCAGUUGAAUUAGCCCGAACAAGUUUAACGGGCUCUCGUCAAACUCUUACUCUUCCUAAAGUUGAGGCAAAAUAUUUAAAAUCAAAGUCAAAACUAAACCACCAUGAGAUUCCAUUAACUUUGGAGGACAGAGCUUAUGAGAAUGGAAGAACAAAGAAGGAAGGAAGUCGUUUCCUUGCAAACAGUAUGCCAGAUAAACAAGAUGAAACAACACGAGUUCAUUUACCAAGCCUUGUAAACCCGUUUGUGCCAAAAGAAGAUCGAAAAGUAAUUCCCAAACUUCGCAAAGGAAUAAAGCCGACUUGGAUUGACUUGACUGGCCAAUCACAAGUUAAACAGGUUGCACCGGUCAAUUCCCAUGAAAAGGACUUAGAUUACCAGCGAGUGACAUUAGUGACAGUUGACUAUUCACCAUCACCAGCCAAGUUGUCACGACGACCACUUCCCCCAACCUCACCCAUACCUCCUAUAUCAAGUGUCCAGCCCCCCAUUUCUACAGCAAUAUGGCAGCCUGCAGAAUCUCGUAGCACAAGAAGCCGUGACUUUGCUGCUGUGGGUCAAAACUCCCAACAACAGGUUGAUGGGGACACGCCUGCAACCAACGCAGGGAAACACCUGCUUGACAGUUUGCUUCAAAAGCUCGACCAAGCUCGGAAACUCAAUCUUUCAUCCACUAGAGGGCUUAGGGAUCCAAGAGCAGGGGAGAGGUUUUGGGAAAGCAGCACUAAAUCAAAAACAUUAAAAAGUAGAAGCCAGAAACGAAUUGAGAGUGAUCGGCAUUUUGGAAACUUAAAAACUGGGGUGAUAUUGAACAAACUGCCAUCAGAUUUGAUGGGGAAUUUGCAGAACACUUAUCAGAGCCUGAGUCACUAUUUAAAACGCACGGAUCCUUACUUUCAAGCGAGGAGGGAGAUGGAGAAAGAGAAAGUAAAGCCUAUUGUCUAUAUUCCCACAGGCAGAGCAGGGGAGUCUGAGAAUGAUGAAGAAAAUUUGAACGAAUUUGGAAGAAAUCGAAGCAUUUCUCAUCUUAGUGAUGUCACAAUGCGAUAUGUUCAUCGUGAAUCAAAUGAUACGCCAUCUUUGGAUCAUAUGCCGUGGGAUGAUCCUCCAGAAGUGAGGAAAAAGAAGAAGAUAGAACCCGGGUCCGUGUCCGUUCACAGGGUCUCGGAUACAGAGCAGAAGACAGUGAAGAGGUUGACCAUCACACUCCCAAGCGUUCCUCCUUCGACACCUGAUCCUUUGGUUUGGAGGAAAAUGAAGGAGCAGAAGAAAAAGGUGAGAAAGGAAGAAGAUGAGUGCAAGAUGUGUGAAGAUACUAAGGUUGCAAAGAGAGAGGAUAGAAGGUCAAACAAGGUAAUAGAAGCUGUGAAGAAAGUUCCAAUUGUUUCUGUUACAGAGCCAGCACUUUCUAAAAAGUUAGAUGCAAUAGGAAAAGAGAGUUUUCGGAAAAACUGGCUUGAAGUGAAACCGAAUCAGAUUACAACGGUUAAAGAAGAAACAGCUGAUGAUUUAAAUUCUCAGAAAGUUGACUCACUUACUGAGAAAUUGAUUUUAAAGCAUGGAGAGAUGAAAAGAAGGCAUCAGUGUCCGAGGAAAGAGGUGGUUAUAGCGCCUUUUAGUGUCAAGGUUGACGAAACUGAUGUGAGACAUUUGAACGAAAAUGGGGCGAAAAAGUUUGAGCAAAAAAUCUCACCAUCUUACACUUUCUCUUAUAUUCCAUCUAGUGUAAGAAAAGCAAAGAUUCCAAAAUCUCGUGAACUCAACUCAAAAAUAGCGACAGCAAUUCGUAAUGGACCUGAGUCAUCAUUCAUCAGCAGUUUUGUGCCUGAUGCAUCAGCGUUAAUUAGGGACAAGAAUCAAAAAGUUGACGCACACGCCAACAUCAAUGAAAGCAAAGAAAGAGUUCGGUCAAAAGUUGAAUCGAGAAGAUUGCAAAGAAUGACUGUCAGGCAGGCAAUAGAAGUUGAAAUAUAAUAUUUCUAUAGGAGUAGAAUAUUAUAGGAGUUAAUAUUUCUAUGCAACAAAUAUGAUAUUUCAAUAAAAAAAUUUGGUAUUUUUUCUUUUUUACCAGUUUUUGCUUGUACAUUUCCUUUGAUAUUUUUCUUUAACCACUCUGUAUUUUGAAGAUCUUUGUGAAAAUCCCCAAUGAAGCACCAACAACUCAGAAACAUUAGUAAAAUAACUGAAGUGAAAGUGUACUUUUUUAUUGAAAGCAUUCUUUGCCACAGUUAUGUAAUUUUUAAAAAAUUCCAUAUCUUUUCCCUUUAUUCUUAGUUGUACACUGCGACAUAUGCUUUGCUGUUUCCAUAGCACUUCUCCCUCAUGUUUAGGCUAUUUAACAUGUGUUCACUGUUGUUUGUAUAGCACAAGAUUGAUGUGUAAAUUACUUUUUUAUUUUAGGUCAGAUUUUUUGUUCAUGCACUUAAAAAUAUGUUUCCACUGUGUUUGAUGAUUUUGACUCUCGAUUAAUCAAUUUUAAACCCUCAUGAAGUGUAUACAUACAUCCUAUGAUCCUACAUUGUUUUAUAAUGUGCGUAUACAUUGUUUUAAUACACACAUACAUGCAUAUACGGAUGGUAAAAAACACACACAACACAAAUCACGUCCAAGCAGCUUCACUUUUAUUGAAACUUCCAAUAAACACGAGUUACAGGAACAGAACUUUUUGCACAAAACUAAAUGUCCA